AUGGAAAGUAUAUUUGGCGGUUUUGGAGAUCUGGUUGUUCCUAGACCAAAAGAGCAUCUCGGUCAAACAGACCUCUCCUUCGGUGGGAAAUUAUCGCCUGCAUUGAAAAUUUGUGAAGACGGUGGUGAGAGUGGCUGUGGCGGUAAGGUCUGGAUCGCUGGCGAACUGUUAUGCGAGUACAUACUCGAGAAAUCAGUUGACCAUCUGCUGAGCAAGACGGUCAAUGGCAGGAAACAGUUUAAAAAAGUCUUGGAAUUAGGUAGUGGUACAGGCCUAGUUGGAUUAUGCGUGGGGUUGUUAGAAAAAAACACAUUCCACGAUGGCACUAAAGUGUACGUCACGGACAUUGACAAACUGAUACCCCUAUUGGAAAGAAAUAUAGAACUGGACAAGGUCCAGUAUGAGGUUCUUGCGAGGGAACUUUGGUGGGGUGAGCCACUGUCAGCUGAUUUCUCACCUCAAGAAGGUGAUUUGCAAACGAAUAACGUUGAUCUAGUUUUGGCCGCUGAUUGUGUGUAUCUCGAAGAAGCCUUUCCAUUACUGGAAAAAACAUUGCUUGAUCUCACUGACUGCAUAGCCCCACCUGUAAUCUUGAUGUCCUACAAGAAAAGAAGAAAAGCUGAUAAACAUUUUUUCAACAAGAUUAAAAGAAAUUUUGACGUUCUUGAAGUUACAGAUUUUAGUAAAUUUGACGAUUAUCUUAAGCAAAGAACUCACUUGUUUCAGCUUAUCAGAAAGUGA